GGACAAUUAAUUUUGUCAGCUACUGUCACGAUCAUGAUAUCACAUAAGCUCUAGUUGCAAUGCAAACAAGAACUCUAKAACACGCUGAAAUUAAUCUACGUCGGUGAACAAAGGAAGUAGGAAAAGUGGACGAAUUUAUAAGAAUAAUCAUUGAAGAUUAAUAAUUCUUUAUUCUUAUCCUUAAAACCAACCUGCUAAAAGAAAAACAUAGUCCCACUAUAAUUAAAAAGCAAUUUAUGUGCCUGAUUUAAUCCACUCCCUGAACACUGAUGUCAUAUAUGUGAUACGUUUGAGAAUCUAAUUGGACAACAAUUAUUGCAUCAACACAAUCAUAGACUGAAUGGCUAAUAUGUGAAGUGAACUUCCUUGAUACGAUAAAACUAUAGCAGAAGGUAUAAAAACAAGACCUGCAGUCCCUAGUUCGCCACUGUUGCACUUCCCUAUCUUCUGAAUUGAACGAAAAUUAAGAUCAAACUGUAGUCAUACUUGGUCAAGUAUGGUGGCUAAGAUUUUGCUUCUUCUCGUUGUGCCGUGUUUUCUCUUUAUGCAGACAUAUGCUACAACAAGAGUGCUGAUCGUUGGUAAAGUGAUGCUUCAAGUUGAAGGUUGCCACGAAGUUCGAGCAUGCUCUACAAGACUUAGAAAUCCAGUCAGCAAGAGAGAUGUGUUCGCUAACUACUACAAUAACCAGCAGCACUGGGUGUCGUUGAAAGGAGAUGUGAUAAUCAAAGGAUGUUACGUCGUAAGAAACUGUCGCCAUGGCCAUCUUGGUUCGAUGGGAAAUCCUGCUUCAUCAUGCAAAGCCAUUAAGAAUGAUCGAAAGUCAGCCAAAAGUGGCGUUUACUACAUCAAGACACACCGAACAGUGACCAAGGUGUACUGCUACAUGGAGGAUAUCUCUGGGUGUGGUGGGGGUGGAUGGACUACCAUUAUGAAAACAAAUGGMAACAAGAAAACGUUCCCGUAUUCAUCUGCCUUUUGGUCCAAUAAAAAGUCUUAUAAACUGACCAAUGGCCAAUCAGGCGUCGAUGAUAAAGAAACCAAACUCCCCACCUACUGGACCCUGCCUUUUAAAAGUCUAUGUCUUGGAAUGAAGACCGCUGGCCAGAAGAACCCGAGAUGGAUUCGAUUGGACUACAAGGCAAGUUCGCUGUACUCUGUGAUCGCAGACGGUAAAUACCGUCAAGUCUCCAUCGGCCGAAAAAAAUGGAUGUCACUGAUCGCGGGCUCAUCAUUGCAGACGAACUGUAACAAAGAAGGAUUUAAUGUCAUCUCUAACUAUAAAACGGGUUAUUUUUCAAUUGUUAGAAUUGGGAUAAGUUCAAAUAACGAAAAUGACUGUAAGACAAACGAUUCGCACCUUGGAUUUGGUGGGGAUAAUUAUAAGACUAAUUGCCGUGCUGGUAAAAUAUCCACCGGCAACUGCGCGAAGAAGAAUCACCCAGCUUAUGGUUAUAUCUUAGCUCAGUAGUCCCUCGUCCUUACAUGCAAACGCACGGCGCAGAUAAAACCUAAAAAUUAUAAAAAUAUUGUAUAAGAAAAAAUGUAGUUCAAAAGAGACUUAGUACGUAGUCUUCUCUUUGAAUCAGAAGUAAAAGUUAAUGAAGAUCGCAAAAGAAAAUAAAGAGCAUUGGAAAAUUUGA